CUUUUCCUCACCUCACGCAGUUGCGUCCGUACAAAUCACCUCCACUACCAAACUGAUGGUACUCAGGUCGUCCCGCUUCCACCGGCCCGACGAGUUUCCCCGUUCAUUGUCAUUUUCCUCCGCCAGCAGCAGCUUUUGGUCUGCGAUUUCCAGAGAGACAAACAGAAUCUUGGUUGCUAUUGCGAGCCCCGGCAGUGGACUGUAGUUCGAUACUUUAUUUCCUUGGUUGUUUUCAGACGCGUCUAUUAUUCACUCACUGAGAGAUGCUGGGCUGCCGACCCCGUUCGUUCAGAUCAAUUCCUCACCGUCUCCAGGGUUCAAACUGCACCUGAUAUCUGGAUCGUCAUAGAAAAAGCAGCCACACUUUCCCUUCACCAACCUUGGUUUUCCCUCAAAGUUCCCAGGCAACCGACAUCUCUCUGGUCUGCCAGCUGGUCUUCUUGAAUGCCACGCCCGUCUAUUCACCUUGGUCUCUAUUUGAAUCUAGAAUACCUAGCCUUUCUUUCAUUUUCUGUCUUGACCGUCUGUCUCGUCUUGCUCCUGGUUGAACUCAGAUGCCCUGCGCCUGCGUCUGCGCGAUGGAGUAGCAUCUAGAUGGUCCCAGUUGAGAUAUUCGUAAUCUCUACCUUUUCAAGCCUCGCUCGAACAGCUCCAAACUGCCCUUGAUCAUGGCAUGGCAUAGCAUCAUGGUCUGCCAAUCUAGCCCAAUGACAGCAGAUGCGAGCUCCUCAAGAUCUGGCUCAUGACAACCUCGAGACUUGAAGACAAAACCAGUCCCUGAUGUCCCAGGAGACUUGUCAUGUCGUCAGAUAUUGCCCCUCUGGAUCCUAGUUUCUCAGAUGAUCUAGAUGCACAAAGACAGUGCGUGCUUCACUGCUUGUGCAUGACAUACCAGCCGUGUGGUCUUUGAUGCUGCAGGCACAAGACAUGCAUCCAUAUGACAUGCAGCAAUAAUCAAGCUGCAUUGUCUGUCAGCUACCUUACUUAGGUACUGCCUCUUCCCAAUGUUCUCGAGUCUGAAUCUGGCUGGACCGUGUCUCCUGCUGCCCUUUCCUGUCCUAAAAGAAAGCAUGCCCCCCCCCUCCGGCCCGAUGAAUUUCCGGCCCCUUUCAGCCUUCCGCGCGGAAGGAGUUGCCGUGGGUGUUCAGCUGUGCCUCACUGGGCAGGUGCAUUUGCCCCACUUUACGCCUGAGCCUGGGCGCGCAACCUCCGUCCUUUGGUCAACUUCGUCGCGCUUUCCCACAACCUCAUCCCAGUUGCCCUCUCUGGAAUGAGACAAAGCCCACGAUAGUCGCCUGGUUUGGGCCUCGCCAUCAAGAUUCCUCACUUUGGAGGUCGGGCUACGGCUUUCAUUACCAGCCCAUCUCACCGUUCCCCCCAUACUCUGGCCAUCAACAGGCGAUGCGCCACUCCAGACUGCCUAGGCGCAUCCGCUAGAGAGAGACAUUUGAAGGCUCCGAGGCAUCGUCACCUUGAUCAAUAGACUGCCUGCCAUCUCGUGUCUCAGUCAAAUCAAGAGACCAUCUCUCAUAUCCGCCACUACAUGGUCUGGGGUCGGCCGUUAUCAAGCAUCUCCUUCACCUGCUGUAAGCGCAGCGCGAACACCAAGGUUUGCGUCUCUGACUCUCCUUCUCCCUCUUUGCCGAGCACCUUCUGAUAUAUCAAGUCUUCUCUUAUUCAGCUCCUGUUGGCAACCUCAUCCGAACUAUUUCUGCUAAUAGUAUACCAACACUUCUACCCUUCUCUACUUUUUGUUUUCUUACUGGGCCACUCCCGGCUCAUAGAUGCUAUCCAGUGUCUCGUUACCUUGGUCGCGGUACACUCCCUACACUCUUAUUGAUCUCCCCUUCUGGGCCUGGGCCAAAGCUGUACGUCGACCCAAGAGCCAAGACACGACCAUCAUCAGCCAUGGCCGACCACGCGCCAGGAAUGGGGCCGUCCAUGAAAGAGCCAAGCUGCAUCAAUUGUGGCGGCGUUGGCCAUUGGGCCGUAGCUUGCCCGGAACCUGUCAGAGCGAAGCCCGCUGGACUGUCCCGGAAAAAUACUUCGAGUGGCCAUGAUCAUCAUGGCCGGAGUGGUGAAUAUCAACACGGCGGACGCCGGCCGGGUGCUGUUGUGACCAAGUACUCGGCCCCACCAAGCGGCAAUCCGAUCGUCACUCGCUACGCUCCGCCCCCGGGUCAACCCCAUGCUCCUCCGUACCCCGGCCCCCUGCCUUCCUAUCCUUCAUAUCCUCCACCUCCGAAUGCCUACUCUCCCCCGCCGACAGGGAACUACCCCGGCUAUUCCCAAUAUUCCCCGCCGCCGCCGCCUCCCCCGGGUGCCCACCCACCACCUCCCGCUCCUCCUGCACCCUACCAUUAUCCACCAUCUGGCCAGUAUGGCGCGCCUCCGCCUCCCGGUCCGUCUGGACUGCCGCCUCCUCCUUAUCAACCACCACCACCACCACAAUACGCUGGGAGUGCUCCGUACCCUCCUCCUCCUCCCCCAUCUUACUCUUCUAGCCCUGGAUAUCACUCCGGUCCUCCACCUUCAGGCGGCCAGUACCCGCCCUCAUAUAAUUCAACACCUCCGGGAGGCUAUCCUCAGCCGCACUAUGGGUCUCAACCGCCCCCAACACCGAGUGCUUACCCUCCCUCAUGGGCGCCGCCACCUCCAGGAUAUGGUCACCCGCCUCCUUUGCCUGGCCCUCCACGUGCUACACCACCGGGGCUCCCGCCAAUUCCUCCUGCGAGGAACCAGCCGCCAAGAGACCGGAAUGGGCGACAUCGCCAAGGGCAUAAUAAUCGAGAUCGUCCUCGCCGAAAUAAACAAGGCAAUCAGUCGAAACGAGAUCCUUCACAGCCUAGACCAAAGUCGGAAAAUAAAGCCAGGCCAGGGCCAAUACUGCCACAGCUCGAAGCCGGAUCAAAGGUCGUCGUCGAGGCGCCAUCAGUCGCGAGCGAUACACCUAAAAGCGUAAACAUCAACAGUGCUUCAGAACAGGAAGCUGAUGAAGAAUACGAUUGGAACUGGGAAGAAGAGAUGAUCUUCAAAGAACUAGAGAAAACUCACCAACCAGACCCGAUUGCCAAGCCGUUACCGGGGCCUGAGGAAUACCACGAUAAUAUUGUGUUGCCUCCGGCGUGGAACGCCACUUGGAUUCAGUCUCAAUUUGCAACAGAAGGCAACCUCAUGGAAUUCUCGCGGCCGAUACGAGAAACCGAGUUCUUCGUCACAUUGCAGUACGACCCAGCUUUCUGGAAGUGCCCUGAGGGUAGUGCUCCAAAACAACCCCCUGAGCCCCGAGAGAGGCCCAGCACGUUCAAGUCCAGUCGCCUUCCAGGGUUUCCGUCUCUCCCUCCGAAACCUCCUACUCCAGAAAACCGUGAAUACCGUCUGGUCAAUAAUCGAAAGCGGACUUUGGACGAUUCAACAUACAAGAACUCUCGAGCCAGGGGCGUCCCAGAAGGUGGCGAAUGGGCGGAUCAUCGUCACAAGAGGCACAAAGUUGACUCGCUUCCCGGCUAUAAUGCCACCUCACCGCACAAUUCUAGAUCCAGGGAGGACUCGAGACCGACGGAUCGCUAUCGUCACCAAAGACCAGAACGCACUGAUUCCGAUCCAGGCCAUACGCUCCUCAUGUCCUUGGACGAGUCUCAAGACGCCGGCCCAUCAAGGCGAUUUGAAGACGCGGGUCUCCAGGAUUCUGGAUACUACAGCUCUCGGAAUGUUCGCAGACAGACAUCGACCAACGAUUUCCAGGAAAGGGGGGCAUCGCCACCUAUGCUUCAUCGCGGAACAUCGCGACCAGACAGUCGGCCACAUAGUCGACAGGCGUCUCGAUCCCGAUCUCGUUCUCGCCGCUCCCGCCGCCGUGGAUCUCACAGCAGCCAUGAUGAAUCACGUCCAGCUUCUAGGCACUCUGUAGCGUCCUUUGGUUCUGAUGCAUCGGAACUAUCUGCACUAGAGGCCGAGCUCCUCGGCAUUGCCCCCAAAUCCAAGGCAGACCGAGAUGGCAAGCCGGAAGGAAUGAAGAUGCGUAAGCGCGUCACCAAGGUUGAUUCGGCUUACAGUCGCCGAUGGUGAUUUUCUCCUCAGCUCCCGUCCAUAAGGACGCACUUUCAUGAUUCAGCAAAAGCAUAACAUCUGGGCGUAGCAGCAAUGCUCUACCCGUAAACAACGCAGACACUUUCUGCGCAAAUGUUCGCAUCGCUACACUUUAAACGGCAGCAGCCUAAACAUAGAGGUACCGCUAUAAUACAUAACAGUCUGGCAGCAUAGCAUCAAAAUCCGGCGUUGGGAUGGAGUGAACCUGGCGGCCGAGGAUUGGAUCUUCGGCCUGGGGAAGGGCGUCAUGUGGGUAGAAUACUCGUUGAAUGAUUGACAACCAUCUCGUUUCUUGCAAGCAAUAGACACCCUCCGUCCAUCUCUUUUUUUUUUCUCCAGUGGAUGUAUGGCCGAGAGAGGCAUGCGAAUGGCCAGGCCAUGAUCAAAUUCACAAAAGAAUCGCAAUGUUUCCUCCGCCGCUAUUGGUCAAAAGUGUUUAGUUUCCUGCCCGCCUGACACAAGUCCGGUGUCAAGUCAUUGCAAGACCGAGCAAAAGGGAUAUGGCCUGUGCAACAGAAGUCUAUUCAGCUUCGGACGAGGGCAGCAUUUGCCUCCAAGUAUUGCCUGAUUAGUAUCCUCGGGUCAUUUUGUCUGUUCAACUUUAAGCAUCUGUUUUGUCGGGUGAUGGAAGUAUGGGCGCAGAGGUCUGACUGUCAGGCUGACGAACUAUGAUGUUUGCUUUGCUGACCUUGUCACAUAGGAUCACAUCACAG